AUGGUUUCUCGCCAGUGCGCUGUUCCUUGCGUGCUGGGUAGAGUGGGCAGGGUUGUGGCUCUACACGCUCUACGUGCUCACGGCGUGCAGAGGACACGCUGGCUUGCUAAAGCACCGUUUCUAGCACCACAGUUUAUAGUUAUGCAGACCCAGGGCAGCACGUCCUCCCAGCCCUCCUUCGACUCCUUCAGCUCCAAUGACAGCCUCCUGUUCAGUGACUCGGAGCAUGCGGAGGACGAUUCGGAUGUUUUCCUCACAGACACCUCCUCCUCGGUCAUCAUUGGUGGGGUGGCUGGUGCGAUGCCCGAUGGAGUCAGAGCAGCGGGGAGCCCUGGCUCACAGUGGACGUGCGAUGACUUCACUGAUAAAGAGGAGGAGGAGGAGGGGUACAAGUCAGAAAGUACCAGCAAAACAUCAAAAAUCAGCACGGAGGGGGCAAGUGAACCUACAAGACAGACCCCAAAGACUCAGGGAGAUCUGAUAUUUGCACAGAAAUGCGCAGAGCUGCAGGGAUUCGUCAGGCCUCUGCUGGAGUUGCUGAAUGGGCUGAAGAAGGGCCGAUUCGACCGCGGUCUGAGUACUUUUCAGCAGAGCGUUGCCAUGGAUCGAAUACAGAGGAUUGUGGGAGUUUUGCAGAGACCAAACUGUGGAGAGAAGUACCUGAACACACUGCUUCAGGUGGAGGUGAUGCUGAAGCUCUGGUUUCCUCAGAUAGCAACGUUUCCCGUCUCAGUGGCCUCCAGUGUAGCGACAUCUCCUGCACUCUCCCUGCAGGACACCGCCGGCUUCACACCAUCCCACAAGCACAAGGACCAGUCACAUAUUCCUGUUAAGAAGCGCAGACUGAGCUGGACAGGUACCGACUCUCCGACACCUUCCCCUGUUCCUCUCAAGUCCCCACGCGUCAGCACUGAAGAAGAGAAAGCCAGAUCAACAGACCACGCUGCAGAAAAUGCAGAGGAGCGAGGAAAACCGUCCAAGUAUAAGGGCCACAGGUCGGAGUCCAGCCUCACGUGGGUCCAUGUCGCUCCAAUUCUUUCCCCUCGCAAGUCCAAUUCCCCCACAAUGGCAGAAAACAGCGACCAAACCCCUGCUACAGCCGGUUCUUUGCGCAAAAGAAACAGCCCUGCCACACAGGACAGUUCGAUUUCCUCCACAACAACCAUGAAGAACUCGAAGAACACAACCAAGCUUGCUAGGUGCCAAAGCCAGCCGAGUGCUGCACAAUCAAAUGAAAACAAAAAUGACCCUUCAAGGUCAAAUCAGUCGUCUCAAGUCAAGACGUUCUCCCCAGAACCUCUUGCUCCGACAGAGACCUGA